UUUCACUACUUGUUCUUCCAUAUUCAUCGACAAAUAAUGGGCAUACAAGCAAAGAGAAUUCUUCAAAGGACUUUGUCCAACAAAAGGCGAUCAUCGACGAAUUGUUCAAGUUUGAUCGAUGUACCAAAAGGUCAUGUUGUAGUGUAUGUAGGAGAGACUUAUAAGAAGAGGCAAGUUAUACCAAUAUCAUACUUAAACCACCCUUUAUUUCAAAAUGUGCUUCAUGUUGUGGAGGAAGAAUUUGGGUAUGAACAUCCAAUGGGGGGCCUUACUAUUCCUUGUAGUGAAGAUUAUUUUUCAAGUCUUAUAUCUCUCAUUAGAUGUUCCUCAUAAGGAUUACUUGCUAAUUGGUACAUAGUUUUAGGUUUGUAUGCAUUCCAUCUUUUGCAUUAUGGAGUCAAAAUGACUUUGUAAACCAUGAAAUUAUGGCUAAAACUACUGAUUUCUCCAUAUUUCAAUUAUGUGAUUAAAGACAUUAAUUGUGAAUUAUAAACAUUUUGAUCUCAUUUGGGUUGUUGAUUAUAUUACAAAACUUUUAGCCAUUAUAAUAUGAUUAUUCUA